AGCAAGUUCAAAGGAUCUCACUUCCGUAUCACCGCCUUUAAAGUUGAAUGUGUUUAAACAAACUGUGUUUGUCUAACUCCGACCAUAUGCAACCCAUGCAUGAAUCAAUUUGAAUGUCAGUUUACAUUGGGAUAGUCUGAUUGAUUAAUUUAUUGUAUUAUAAACUUGUAAAUCAUUAUCCACUUGAGGCGCCGUUGACUUAGGUGUCCAUAUAUUUGCCUGAGAUAUUGCAGCCAGUCAGUCUUCUGGAAGUGUGUCAAUGUGGUAUCGUGUUAGUUUUUUGUAGUUUACACAGCCCAGUGGAAUGAAUAUUGCUGGAGUUUUCUCAUUUGCAUUGAGUUUUUUCGUGUAGCUAAACGUUCGUGUAUCGGAUAAAAAAAUAUAUAUAAAAAAAUUGCUCAAGCGUAGUUAGUUGGCUCGGACACGAAUUAAAUCUUAUUCCACAGUCCUCGUAUCUUUAAAAUUUAAUUAUUGAAAUGGAGUGCCGUGUGUUGUCUGUUCAGAGUCAUGUGGUCAGGGGAUACGUCGGGAAUAAAUCGGCAACAUUCCCAUUGCAGGUGCUGGGGUUUGAAGUGGACUCCAUCAACUCUGUGCAAUUCUCCAAUCACACAGGUUACGCUCAUUGGAAAGGGCAAGUGCUGACGGCAGAUGAGCUGAACGUUCUCUAUGAGGGUAUCAAACUCAAUAACGUCAACCAUUAUGACUACGUCCUCACAGGGUACACCAGGGACACAUCUUUCCUAGAGACGGUGGUGGACAUUGUUCAGGAGCUGAAGAGGUUGAACCCAAAACUGGUGUACGUGUGUGAUCCAGUGAUGGGAGACCAAGGAUCUAUGUAUGUGCCUGAGAAUAUACUGCCUGUUUACAGAGACAAAGUCGUAGCAGUGGCUGAUAUCCUCACACCCAACCAGUUUGAGGCAGAGCUGCUGACGGGGAGGAAGAUCAGCACAGAAAAAGACGCUCUUGAGGUGAUGGACCUGCUCCACCAGAUGGGCCCUGAUAUGGUAGUCCUCACUAGCACAGACCUGAUCUCUCCUCACGGGGACCAGUUCCUAGUGGCCCUUGGAAGCCAGAAGAUGGUGAGAGCAGAUGGGACUACGUCCACCCAGAAGAUUCGGAUGGAAAUGCCCAAGGUGGAUGCAGUGUUUGUGGGAACAGGAGACCUGUUCGCUGCCAUGCUGCUGGCCUGGACCCACCACCACCCCAAAGACCUGAAGGCUGCCUGUGAGAAGACUGUCUCUGUCUUGCACCAUGUUAUCAAGAGGACCAUUACCUAUGCCAACAAGAUGGCCGGCCCUGGUAAGAUACCCAGCCCUGCUCAGUUGGAGCUGAGGAUGGUCCAGAGCAAAAAGGACAUUGAGUACCCGGCCAUUGUAGUGGAGGCCAUCGUCUUAUAACCCAAUGCCUCAUAAAUAGACAUAGGAUUUUUACACCAUGAAAUGUCAUUUGACUUUGCCUUAUAGGAUCUCGAGAGCACUAUGUUUUCAGUCUGGGUAUUUGCCCUGCGCACCGCACACACUCUUAUACCUAAUCACUGCCAUUUGUCUUUACUAUGACCUGAGCAUUGUCACCCAUUGGAAACAUGGUAGAUGGUAUUAGAGGACCGAAAACAGGGUGUGGGUAUUACCGUACAUCAAAAUACAGAAGUGGAGGUAUGGAUACCUGAUUGGCCCUCAAUUUGGCAUUGGCAUGGCAUGGGCCCUGAGUUUCCACUGACAAUGUGAGCUGACCAGGGAAUUCUCUGAGCCUCAGUUAUGGGUUGGGGAUAGAUCAUAGGCUUUUAUCAGAUACAUUGAUGCAUCAACAUGAGUUGUGCUACCAUGAUCAUGUUAUGCAAUACUAAUCUGUGCACAUUUGAUUGUUGGAUUUUCAAUUGUCAAUGUUUCAUUUUCGGCAAAAAGUAUAUAAUUUGAUAGUUUGACAAUUCUAGAUGUUUUUAUUUUUUAUUAUGUAAAUGAUUAAUAGAUGUUCAUUUUACUUGUACUAUUAAUGUGCUUUGUCUGUCCUAAUACUUGUUAUAUAAUUCCUAAAUGUCUAACACAUUUCAAAUUGAGGUACCAAUAUUUGCACAGAUAGUCUUGAUAAACAUGUUUAUCAUUAAUUGUAAUCAUUAAAUGUUUUUCAUGGUCUUGAUUGUCUCACUAUUUUCAUAUCCUUACUAGAACACAGGCCUAUGUCGGUAUGAAAAAGUACAAAUUGGCCUUAGCAGAGUCUGUUAGAGGAAUGUGUUUUGUGUCUGUGCCUGCAAAAGUAAUUAAUUACAUCUUUACACAAUGUUAGAAAGAUAAGUGCCAAACUUGAAGCUGUAGCUCUGAGAUGGAGUGACUAUAAUAAAUGAUGAGGAAUAAUAAAAUAUUCGUAUUUUAAUUAA